GCUCAUGAUACUGCUCGAAUGAUACAGUGUUUGAUCAAAUUUGGUACUGAACAGCAUAAAGCAACAGUUUUAGAAGAAACAAAAGCUUCUAUUGUACAGUUAUGUAAAUCGAAAUAUGGAAAAUAUGUUGUUCUGAAAAUGUUGAAAUAUAUGCCUAAGUCAGCUGUAAAUGUUAUAAUCAAACAGUUACAUGGUAAAGUUGUUAAACUCAUUAGGCACAAGGAAGCAAGUGAAGUAGUGGAAACUAUCUUCAGUGAGAAAGCCAAUGGACCUCAGAAACUUGCAUUAUUAGAAGAAUUUUAUGGCCCAAGUUUUGUUUUAUUUCAAACCAAUUCAGCUAAAUCAUUGAGUCAGAUAUUCCAAGAAGAACCCAAUAAAAAAGAAAUGAUAUUAAGUAAUAUGAAAGAAACUCUUUUAUCACUAAUAGAAAAAGAAAGUUUACUACAUUCUAUAGUACAUAGAGUAUUUGCUGAAUAUUUCACACAUGCUGAAGGCAAGAUGAAAACAGAAAUGAUAGAAGCUUUACGUGAAGGUUGUAUUAAUAUGGUACACACUAAAGAUGGAUCUAAAGUGGUAUUAAAUUGUAUAUGGCAUGGUACAGCUAAGGAUCGUAAAGUGAUAAUAAAGGGUUUUAAAAGUCACAUUCUCAAGAUCUGUAAAGAACAGUAUGGUCAUAUUGUAUUAUUAGCUAUAUUUGAUUGUGUUGACGAUACCAAAAUAGUACAGAAAGUUAUUCUAGAUGAAAUAUUACAAAAUUUAAAGGAAAUAGCAAAAGAUAAUCAUGGAAGACGUGUGUUGUUCUAUUUAUUAGUACCAAGAGAUCCUGCUCAUUUUAACCCAGAUAUAAUAUAUAUCUUACAAACCGGUGAUCAUAACGCUACAAGUAAAAAAGAAAGCAGUGUAAGACAUAAAGAGUUAUUGGAUUAUAUAUCACCAAAGUUGAUCCAGUUUGUAUUAGACAAUGUUAAAACUCUAGUAUUUGAUAAUACUAUGUUAUUAUUAACUUUCUCUAUAAUAAUACAUGUAACAGUUGAUAAUUCAGCAGUAUUAGAACUUAUUGCUGAUAUAGCUUCUGAACCUUUUACUGCUGGGGGUGAAGUUUCUCACAUUGUAGAACAUCAUGUUGGUCAUCUCAUGAUUAAACGUCUUAUUAAUCAAGACAAAAAGAGACUGGAAAAUAGAGAGGAAGUCUUAUUUUCCACCAUGUUAUUGGAAAAAGUACCGGAAGGAGCCUUGAAAUCAUGGGCAGCUUGUAAUAGGGGGUGUUUAAUUUUGACAAACUUGAUAGAAUUGGAAUGUGGUGAAGUAACAGAGGCAGUAACAGAACAGUUGAUACCAAUUAAAAAAUCUUUACGCAAGUGUAGCUUUAAAGGUGCCCAAAUCUUGUUACAGAAACUGGAUAAUCCAACAUCAGCUAAACCGAGAAUGAUUGACCUGUAA